UCUAAAAUGGGAUUUAUCGAGUAAUAUAACAAAUUUUUUUAUGUUUUGCUCUCCUCAAAUGGCUCUCGUGAAAUGAUUACCAAUAAUUUCCUCCGUACAUCUUCUUGUUUGUAUCCUAAACUUCAUGGGACUUCUUGCUUGUUCUUGUAAUCAAGCCAUCCUAAAUAAUAUUUACAAAUAUUGAUCCUUGACAGGAUGGCCUUGUGGAAUUUUUCGUCCCAUUUUCCACUCGUUGGCCUCCUAUCUUUUCUCCUCCUCCACCCAAUAACAACCACCAAUACGGCCUCUGUUGGGAUACGCAUUGGUGUAAUCAGGCGGCCUUCAACGAAUGCCCCUAUCUUUCGAGAAGCUGCAUCAUAUGUAAAUUCAAAAGAAUGUGGGUAUAAUGAUAUGGACAAAAUCCAUAUUUCCAUGACUCUUGAUGCAAACUACUUACGAGGAACUAUGGCAGCGGUAUUAUCAAUCCUACAACAUUCCACGUGUCCCGAGAAUUUCGUUUUUCAUUUUCUUUCAGAAAGGCAUGAGCCAGAGAUAUUUUCAAACAUAGCAUCCACAUUCCCUUACCUAAAUUUCAAAAUAUAUCGAUUUGAUUCUAACCGAGUUAGAGGAAAGAUAUCAAAAUCCAUUAGACAAGCCUUGGAUCAACCAUUAAAUUAUGCAAGGAUUUAUCUAGCAGAUAUUCUCCCAUUUGAUGUGAAUCGCGUAAUAUAUUUGGAUUCUGAUAUUAUUGUCGUGGAUGAUAUAUUAAAAUUGUGGGAGGUUGAUUUGGGUGAGAAAGUGGUUGCUGCACCAGAGUAUUGUCACGCAAAUUUCACAACCUAUUUCACAGAUGCAUUUUGGUCGGAUGGUAUUUUGUCAAAUACAUUUCAUGGAAGAAGACCUUGUUAUUUUAAUACUGGAGUAAUGAUAAUAGAUGUCAACAAAUGGAAAAAACAAGGCUAUAACCAAAAAUUAGAAGAGUGGAUGAUGGUACAAAAACUAAAGAGAAUAUAUCAUUUAGGAUCAUUGCCACCUUUCUUGUUGAUCUUUGCUGGAAAAAUUAAAGCAGUUGACCAUAGAUGGAACCAACAUGGUCUGGGUGGAGAUAAUUUUGAAGGGAAGUGUAGGAGUCUUCACCCUGGACCAAUUAGUUUACUCCAUUGGAGUGGAAAAGGGAAACCAUGGUUGAGGUUGGACUCGAGGAAGCCAUGCCCUAUUGAUCAUUUAUGGGCACCAUAUGAUCUCUAUCGCUCAUCAAGGACAUGGUUAGAAGACAAAUAAUACAACCAAAAUUUAUACUAGAAUGAAACUAGGAAGAGAAGGAGUUUUGUUGAUACUUUAUGGAGAAAAACAUCCAACCAUAAGUUCAAGGACCAUGAGAUUGAACAUUACAAUAAUGAGGGGUCAAUUUAUUUUGUGUGCAUCCAAUGAUGGGUUGAAGUAAAUUUUAAUUUCUUUGUUUUUUUUAAAUGUAUUACAAUGAAUUAGGAAUUUAUUCUUCUUAUCAUUUCUUACAUAUAUACU